CGGCGCGCGCGCAAAGAUGGCGACGCCCUAUGUGACGGACGAGACCGGCAGGUACAUCCCCUCCACGCAGCGCCCGGACGGGACCUGGCGGAAGCAGCGCCGGGUCAAGGAGGGCUACGUGCCCCAGAGGGGUCCUGUCUACGAGAACAAAUACGUGAAAUUCUUCCGGAGCAAACCUGAGCUCCCACCGGGUCUGAACCCCGAGGCCGCCGCCCCCUCCCCGCCGGGCCGAGGGACCCCCGGGCGGCCCGAUGGGGGGGGCUGCGACCCCUCCCCAACUUUAUCCAAGAGCGCCCGAAGGAACCUGAAACGCAAAGAGAAAAGGAAACAGCAGCAGGAAAAAGAUCGGGAAAACCACGGGGACGGACUGAGCCAGGAGCUGGAAAAAAUCAACCUGGGAGGAGGAGGAGGAGGAGAUUCAGGGGGAAGUUCCGGGACCCCCUCGGGCAGCGCCCCCGUGCCCAGCCCGGGCAGCGCCCCCGUGCCCAGCCCCGGCAGCGCCCCCGGGAGCUCGGAGCGCGGCCGGCGCAUGAAGAGCCUGCGGAAGAAGCUGCGGCAGGUGCAGGAGCUGCAGCAGCGCCUGGAGCAGGGGGCGCUGCCCGAGCCCAGCCGGGAGCAGCUGGACAAGCUGGCACGGAGGAGGGCGCUGGAGGAGGAACUCAGGGCGCUGGAGCUGGACUCGGAGUGAUUGCGGG